AGAAAGUUAAAGCUGGAUGUUGUUUUUUCCUUCUAUAUACCAUUCAAUAACGUGACACGCUAUCGCUGACGGAGUACACUGGUAUCUGACAACAAGCUUACUUAUAAGCACCGACCACAAACCAAAAAGAUUUUUGCUGUUAAAACACGUUAGCAAACUAAGCUAGGCUGCUGUUAGCUUGUGAGCUAAACUAGCCAUGCUGACAACCAGCUGUAUCAUUCGCAAGUUUACAUCUUGGCAAACGCUGAACUUAAUACGACCACGAUCCAUUGCUAACGUGUGUUAAAACUGCCAGGGUGUUCAACUUACUUAAUGUUUGGUGUGCAGCGAUCCAAUCCAACACCUGUUUAAUACAACUAACCACUUGCUGCUAACAAAUUGCCCUCGCUGGUGCUAGCAGCUCAGCUUGCUAGCUGUUGUUUUUUCCAGCACCUCCGGGACAGUUCCCCGCUUUCACCGCCAAGGCGAUGGAUGGCAGCGUGGUGCUUUUAGCAAACAUACAGGAAGAAGAACGCUCUUCCUCUCCUCUUUCUGAAAGAGGGGUGUUUUGACAGUAAAGGAGAAGCUUACAGCAUAAUUUAAAUUUGGGACAUGUGGUCAUUGAAGUCUUUGCGGAUUGUGUGCUCACCCCGAGCUUUAACGUUACUGCACCCGAACUGGUCGAUGGCGAGCCGACAGUCUGUUUAUAAAGCUGCUGUUACAUUUUCAGCACAGUUUAUGCUGUCAACCGGCUUCUCCACGAAGGACACAUGGCACAACAACACAAACUUCAAAACACUGGGAAAAGAAGAAAAGCUAAUUUCCUGCACUAAUCCGGUCAGUUUACCCAGGAAUUACUGUACAGGUCAAGUCAAACUGAACUGCUGGAAUUGCAAACAGCGUCUUGACAAAACACCUGUAUUUUUCUGCAUGUCAUGCAAAGUAAUCCAGCCCCCUGAAGAAGGGGCAUCCUACUUUAAAAUUAUGGACUGUGACUACACAUUCACGCUGGACACACAAAAGCUGCAGAAAAGAUACUUGCAGCUUCAGCGGUCUCUACAUCCAGACAACUUCAGCCAGAGAUCUGUGAAAGAACAGGAGUAUUCAGAAGGCCAGUCGGCUGUUGUGAACAAAGCAUAUAAGACUCUGCUUAAGCCUUUGAGUCGUGGCGUUUAUAUGCUAGAGAUGCAGGGGAUAUGUAUAGAAGAGGGAACCGACUCCGGGGCUGAUUCCAAGUUUCUAAUGGAGCUGAUGGAGAUCAAUGAAGCCCUUGAUGAAGCACAGACUCCAGAAGAAGCCAAUAAGAUUGGCCACGACACAAAAGGGAAACUGGCAGACUUGACAAAGGAGAUAGACGCUGCCCUUCUUAAAGGAGAGCUUCAAGCUGCCAAAGCACUACUUGCCCAAAUGAAAUACUAUGCAAACAUAGAAGAGAAAGUGAAGGAAAAACUUUCUGAAUUCAUGUAAUUUCCCCCAUAUGCCCUGUAUUUUAUAUUUGUAGCCACAAAAGUUAGGCGCACAAGUUAUUGUACAUUUGUCUUGGGAUUAUGUAAAUGUAUUGUUCUAGUUGAAUAAUAAAACAUUACUUGUAAUGCAUAAUAUA